AUGUUCAAGUCCCAAUUCGCCAAAAAAUCGGUGAGAUUCUUCGCAUCAAAAAAACAACCUUCGAUUGGACGUUUCACUGGUAAACCAGACCCUGCUACCGGCAAGUACACAGUUUCGUUCAUUGAAGGUGACGGUGUGGGUCCUGAGAUUUCGAAGGCCGUCAAGGACAUUUUCGUGGCAGCCAAGGCCCCUAUCCAAUGGGAAAGCUGUGAUGUGAGCCCUCUUUUCAUUAACGGCCUGACAACGAUUCCUCAGCCAGCCCAGGAUUCCAUCAACAAGAACUUGAUCGCCUUGAAGGGCCCACUGGCCACUCCUAUCGGAAAGGGUCACAGAUCUUUGAACUUGACCCUGCGUAAAACUUUUGGUCUAUUCGCCAACGUGCGUCCUGCCAAGUCUGUGGAGGGCUACAAAACCGCAUACGACAACGUCGACCUGGUGCUAAUCAGAGAAAACACAGAGGGUGAGUACUCCGGUAUCGAACACGUUGUUGCUCCAGGCGUCGUCCAGUCCAUCAAGCUUAUAACUCAGGAUGCCUCUGAGCGUGUCAUCAGAUACGCCUUCGAGUACGCCAGAGCCGUUGAAAGACCAAAGGUCAUGGUCGUUCACAAAUCUACCAUUCAAAGACUAGCAGACGGUCUUUUCGUCAACGUGGCCAACGAAGUAGCCAAGGAAUACCCUGACAUCGAACUACAGACAGAGAUUCUAGACAAGACUGUGUUGAGCGUCGUCACUGACCCAUCCAAGUACAAGGACGUCGUUGUUGUGUGCCCCAACUUGUAUGGUGACAUCUUGUCUGACUUGAACUCUGGUCUAAGUGCCGGCUCUUUAGGUUUAACUCCAUCUGCCAACAUUGGCCAUCAAGUUUCUAUCUUUGAAGCCGUUCACGGUUCUGCUCCUGACAUUGCUGGCCAAAACAAGGCGAACCCAACUGCUUUGCUAUUGUCCUCCGUUAUGAUGUUGAACCACAUGGGCUUGACCGAAGUAGCUGCAAAAAUUGAAAAGGCUGUUUUCACCGCCAUCGCCUCCAGCCCAGAGAACAGAACUGCCGAUUUGGGUGGUAGUGCUUCUACCUCUUCCUUCGCCGAGGCAGUCAUCAGCAGAUUGUAA